AUGAUCGCUUCCAACGUCCUCGCUGUCGCUCUCGCCGUCGCUGGUGCUGCCGCCGCUCCCCUCGUCAAGCGAUCGAGCGGUCAGGCUACCUAUUACGCCGCCGGUCUCGGUGCUUGUGGUUGGGUCAACUCUGGCUCUGACUUCAUCGUCGCCAUGAACGCUCCCGAGUGGGCUGGCGGAUCUCGCUGUGGUCAGACCGUGACCAUCACUAACCACAAGAACGGCAACACCCAGUCCGCUCAGAUUGCUGACCUUUGCCCGGGCUGCUCUUACGGCUCUCUCGACAUGUCGACCAGCCUCUUCGCUGCCCUUAACAACGGCAACAUGGACGACGGUGUCUUCCCCAUCUCCUGGUCGUUCGGCUCUGGCUCCGCUGCCUCCAACAACAACCAGCAGCAGCAUCAACAGCAGCAGCAGCAGCAGAAGACCUCCUCCACCUACACCCCCGAGGCUACCUACACCAAGUCGGUUGAGGCUUCCGCCACUGCUACCCCGGCUCAGGCUACCUACUCCCCCGCCGCCGCCGCUGCCAGCCCCACCGCUUCGUACGCUCCCCAGCCCGCUUCUGCCUCUAACACCAAGACCGUUGUCUCCACCCCUCUCUGGUGGUCUGACAUCCCCGAAGUCAACAGCAACUGCGGUGUCAACCUCGGCCCCGCCUCGCUCCCCAUCGCUAUCUCCUCUUCCAAGCUCCUCGCCGCUGACAAGCUCAACGACGCUUGCGGCAAGUGGGUCCAGGUCAAGAACAACCAGAACGGCAAGCAGAUCUCCGUCCAGGUUGUCGGCAGCUUCGUUGGCUCCGAGGGUGACAUCGCUCUUACUGAGGCUUAUCGCCACAUUGCCAACAACUACGAGAACCCCGAGAACAUCGAGUCCAUCACCUGGGGCUUCAUUGACGGCCAGAGCAUGUAA